UGUUGCCUGUGGAAUAAAACUCUUGCAGAUUUUUUUUUUCCCUUUCCACUCAUCUCCAGGAAACUUUCUUUCGUAUGCAAACAUGAUACAUGUGUUCUGUCGUUACACAAGGACACCAAUUUUCCGAGAACACGGAAAAGUAAAUGUCACGCAAGUAUAUUACACAAUUCUGAGCUGUACCUCAACAGAAAGCAUUUCCACCCCUCUGAAGUACAUCCGUGAAGAGGCGAAUCAUCACAACUUAUUAUUCGAACAUCAUCAAAAUGAGAUUAUGGUCACAUCAUACAUGCCGAAGACUCUCAAAAGAGACUCCGCGCCUCAGUGGCUCCAGCCUGGGACUUCAACGUAGGCCUUUACCAGAGGAAAUCCCGAUGGAUGAGAAGGGGCCAGUGGCUCAAACGUUUCGCAGGUGCCUGCUGUCCAAUCUGAAGGAGAGCCGAGGGCCGACGGCACCAGCAGCGGCCGCCCUGUGUGGGGACACUGCUUCCAGACUCCAGCAACUGGCCCUGAACUGGUUUACGGGCACACACGCUCCUCUCCUCCUGCACGGCGACAGCUUCCCAGCCUGGUUCCAGGGGUUCAUUAGCAGGAGGGAUGCUGAAAACCAGCUGAAAGACAAACCUGUGGGGUGUUUUCUCAUCCGGCUCAGCGACAAGGCCGCCGGAUACAUUCUCUCCUAUCGAGGGCGCGAUCGAUGCCGUCACUGUGUCAUCACCCAGAACGAAGUGGGGAAAUUUAUUGUUGUAGGAGACACCGAAACACACAGCACCCUGUCCGGCCUGAUCAAGUACUACAGAUCCCAUCCGAUUGAGCCUUUUUGGGAAUAUCUGACCUCGUCCUGCCACGAGUGUUCCACUACUGAUAUUUACGACGUGGUCCAGCCCAGUGGACCGAACGACUUCCCCACUAACUGGGCUCCCACCGUGCCCCCCAGGAGCAACAGGAAUCCUGCUUUAGCCUCUAGAUAUUCAGAACAGCCACAGCUGACGGGGAGCUCACCUGCAAAAUCUCCAGUGGAUGGUGCUCUGGAAGAGAGGUGUACUCGUAAGAAUCAAGUUCCACACACUAAAUUGGGGCAGAACCCGGCAUCGGAAAGGAUUCAGCCCCCAUUGGCAAUCAGCGGUGGUCCGCACAGAGUUGAAGCAGUGCAGAGGAGGGUUCGCAGAGGCCACCACGCAGGUGGUUCCAAGCAGACUGAGCAGUUCCAGUGUGGUACGGAGACUGUGUACUCAGAACUGCAGGUGGAGGACCACAGCCAGAAAUGGGUACAAACCAAGCAGCGGCCUUACAAACAUGGCAGCUCGCCCCGGGAUCUAUCUUUAUUAGACAGAAACACAGGAAAAACAAUGAACAAACUCUGCAACAGUCCAGUGUUUCAGAAGACCAGAGGACGUCUCGAACAAGGCCGGAGAUGCACUGACACUCCCCUGGUCUGGCACGCACUCCAGCAUGACAGUGUGAUCUACUCCACAGUGUGUCACCACCUUACUCAAGGCAGUACUCAUGCUCAACACACCUACGCGCAGGACUCAGAACCGGGCUACCACAGUGCUGCCAUGGCAACGCAAAUGAAACACAGGAGCACCUUUAGCCCAAACCCUUAGACUCCUGCUGGGAAAAAUGAAGCUGGCAUUUGGCAAAAUGAUACUGUGAUUAUGACCACGCUAGGGACUCAUACUCUUUCCAGAGAUAAAGUUUCUAGAGGACAAUGUACACUUAGAAUGAACUAACUAGUCUUGCAUUUUUGUUCCUUCCUGCGUUGUUUUUUACACACUAUUCCUACAGUUAAAUUGAGUUUUGAAGAUGCAUAUGUUGAAUGAAUGGAAAGUUUGAGUUUGUGUAAAUGUAAAACUUUAGCAAUAUUUAUUACAUAUUUAUGCAUGUAAAUCAUUAGGACAGCUGGGCUAGAACAGUCGUUGACACGUAUAUGUGAGGAAUUUUCAUAUUUAGACUUUCCUUGUCAUUGUAAACUUGGUGCUUUAUUUGUAGAAAUUUAUGGACAAUGUUUCACUAAUUUAUUUAUUUUGUUUAUCACUGUUAAUGACUGUGAGCUAUAUUAUAUUUUGUC